CCUGUCACAUUCAUUUUCAGUGAGGAAAAAGGUUCUACAACAGAUUCAAAGAUGGAACAAGCUGAAGUGCCGCCUCAACGAGCCGUGUGUGAUCCAUGUCCGAAUGAGGAUGCAGUUGCCAGCAUUUGGAGCACUCUCUGCAAUGGUUUUAGUGCCGGCAAGCACUGGCUGCUGCUGCUCCUCCAGAGUCUACAGAAUGUACGUACGACUCCAUUGGCCCAUAGCCUGGCGACUUAUCGCCAGAUGGUUAACUGGGAUGAGGCGUGUAUUCGUUGCAUUGCCAUUCAUCCGACCAGCAGACACCAGGCACUGAUCACCAGCGAGGACAUUGUCCAUCUGUUUGUCAAUUGGGUUGAUCCUGCGGCACAGCUGCAGGCGCCGGAACAAGUGGAUCUCUACUGUGUGGCCUACCGACCGUGCACGAACCGCGAGCUGGCGGUGGGCUGUGCCGCCGGCAUCUACAUCUGGCGGAAUGUCUCGAGUCAGCUGUGGGGCAAGCGACUGCUGAGCCACAAGGCGCACAUCCAUGUGACGUCCGUGCAGUGGAACCAGCCCGGCACUACCUUGGUCAGUGUGGCCAUGGGUAGUCGUCAGAUCAUCGUCUGGAAUACGGACAGUGCCCAAACGAUUCGUAUGCUCUCCGCUUCGAUUAGCUUCCUGCUGUACAGUCCCGACUUUCAGUUGCUGUUCGGCGCCAGCAGCGAUGCGGGUGCCGACGUCUGUUAUGUGGAGCGCAGGUGCUGGCAGCUGGAGCAUAUCCUGGCGGAGCGACCCAUACAGACGGCUGCCUGGACAGCCGGCAGCACAUAUUUGCUGUUUGUCCAGAAGGACGACACACAUCUGUACUCGAUUACCCGCUAUGCAGACUUGGGCGUUUUUCUAAAGCCUCAGCUCUUCUGGACAUUUGAGCUGGUGGCAGAUCUCCAUGAAAUAUUCGUUUUGGGCAAGCAAAAGCAUCACGGCCAGGCCCAGGCCAUUGCCGUGGAUCCGCUGAACAUCUAUCUGGCGGUCAUCUAUAAGCGGCAGCCCUUUGUGCUGCUCUGCAAACUGUCGAUGAAGAAGCAUGCAAAACUGCGUAUUAUACCAUGGGAAUACAUACACUGCGAUGAUGAACAGGCGCGUGGCCAAUGUGCCUAUGCCACAUGCAUGUGCUUUGGCCAUGCCAAGGAGAAUGGUCGACGACGCACCCUGACAAUUGGCUGGAAUACGGGAUACUAUCAGGUGGAGUGGCUUAAGACGGACAACUAUAAACGAUGCAUCUAAAGGCGGAGAAUAAAUACUCUAUCAAGGCGCAUUAUCAAAAUAAAAGAAAAAGGUAAAAAAAAAAAAACACACA